AACAAUAGACCGUCAUGUGCUGUAUCGAAACGUGACUUCCGAUUUUUUUGUUUAUUUCUUUAUCCACGACAUUAUGAUUUCAUUUUCCAUAAUAUCAGACAGCUAUAACUGCUACACCAUUUGCACAAAAGGAUGUAUUUCAACAACAAACCUACGUCGACGGACCAUCCAGUUAGUUUGAACUGGUGUAGUAAAUGUAUGUCUCAACCUGUUACUUUGUCAAGCCAAAUUUGCGAGAAUCAUCUAGGUUCCAGUUUUGAUGCGCUUUCUUUAAGCCAGGAUAAUGCGCAAGACUUACCAAAGCCCGAUUUCGAAUACCUGGCAAAAUUCAACGUCGAAUCAGAACUCUGCUUCGAUACAACACCAGACCAAAAAGAUGACAUCAAACUUACAACCACUGAAUUUUCUGACAUAGUCUGCACUGAUGACGAUCAUCUCAUUUUAUGCAGUUCUGGAUCAAGAGUUAUUCAGAAUAGACGAGCGAGAAACAGUGAAACUCGAUUCAGUCAAAAGCUUUUAAAAUAUAGCGAGAAAGGUAAAUAUGUUAGCCAGUGUCAGUUAGAUGGACCACCACGAAAGAUUUGUCUAUUACAAUCUGGAAAAGAGGCCGUAGUGACACUUGGACAAAAAAUCCAAUUCGUUAGUCUACCGGAUAUGAGUCCGAUGAAAUCGGUGGUGAUCGGAUCCGAUUGUACCGGAGUUGCUUUGGUUAAUAGAAUGAUUUACGUCGGCGAUUCUUCAAAAAUUCACGUGCUUGAUCAGAUAGGUCGUUAUUACAGAACAAUUGAUUUCCCUUGCACUCCAAACAACAUAUGUCGAAAUUUAGAUGGGCGAUUAUAUUGUACAACCGGAAGCGCUUUAUGGUGCAUAACACCGGAAGGGAGCUUAGUCUUCUCCUACAACGCGUCUGACCUUGGUCCAGCAAAUGCUGUAGCAUCUGAUAGUAAAGGAAACAUCUAUGUUGGUGGAUCAGAACUUCAGAUGUUCCAUCCCUACAGAGCAAAAGUUGAACGCAUUCUUCUCAAAGAAGAUGGACAUGGCACGAUUAAGGCGUUAUGCUUCAAUAACGACUACACAAAAAUGUUUAUUUCAAACAAUGAAGGAAAAUCAAUUUCCGUAUACACUUGUAAAUAAAAAUAAAUGACCCAGGAAACAUGAACAAUUAAAUUCUUCCUGCUGUUGGUUUAGAAACAUUAUAUAGCAGUAUAUGGGACUCAUUUUCAUGUGUCUUUUUUUUUUAUCAGUAAGCAUAUAAAAUAGUACCAAUGAAAUAAUUUUAACUAACAGUUAUUUCACAGUUCAUGUAAAUA